AUGGAGCCCUACUCUGUGUCCAUUUUAAAGCGUAUAUGUCUUUACGAGAAUGACAUCGAACAGGAACCGCCAUCUGGAGACUUGGUUGUCUAUUACGACAAGCAGUGGGCCUUUCGAGGACCCCAGUACGGCACCCUCCAAGUCUGGACAUCUCCGCUGGCCACCUUUGGCAUGGUCUGGCCUCGGCCCAAUUUCUGGGCGACACGCUCUGCUGAUAGCUUCUUUCCGUUUGCAACCAAACGACUCCGGUUUUUCGUCUUCCUUGCAGCUAAGCGUGUACCAGAGAAUCCGUCAGACCAGUACGACGAUAUUUUGCAGGUAUAUCAAUUUUCUACAUAA